UGGCCCCGCCCGUUCCGCGGGGAUGGAGCGGCGCUUCCGGCGGGCGCGGAGCGAGGCACGGCCCGGCCGGAGCCGCGUGUGAGCAGCGCCGAGGCUGUGGGUGCCCGCCCGCCGCCGGCCCCGGCCUGCACGCCCGGCGCCCCCCGCCCGCAGGAUGUUCAAGAAAUUUGAUGAAAAGGAGAAUGUAUCAAACUGUAUCCAGCUGAAGACUUCAGUUAUUAAAGGUAUCAAGAAUCAACUGAUAGACCAAUUUCCUGUUAUUGAACCAUGGCUAAACCAAAUCAUGCCAAAGAAAGAUCCAGUCAAAAUAGUAAGAUGUCAUGAACAUAUAGAAAUCCUCACUGUGAAUGGGGAGUUGCUGUUCUUCAGGCAAAGAGAAGGGAUUUUUUACCCGACGCUAAGGUUGCUUCACAAAUACCCAUUUAUUCUCCCGCAUCAGCAGGUUGAUAAAGGUGCCAUUAAAUUCGUCCUGAGUGGAGCUAAUAUAAUGUGUCCUGGCCUGACAUCUCCUGGAGCAAAGCUUUACCCUGCUGCUGUUGACACUGUUGUUGCAAUUAUGGCAGAGGGAAAACAACAUGCAUUAUGUGUGGGAGUAAUGAAGAUGUCAGCUGAGGACAUUGAGAAGGUCAACAAAGGGAUUGGUAUUGAAAAUAUCCACUAUUUAAAUGAUGGCCUUUGGCAUAUGAAGACAUACAAGUGAAACAACAGGAACUGUUACUGCAAAGGAAUGCACUUAGAUUAAAUGUGGACUGCUUUGUAAUUCCUUGUUUUUAAUGUGACUGAAUGUACAAAUUAUUUUGUUCUGUGGCUAUGCUAAAUAAAUCAGUUGAAUGCAAAAGUA